UUGGCCGCUGCCGGAGGCCGGGCCCCGCCCCCAGGUCUGAUGGCGGGCGAGAUUGGUGGGUUGGGGUGGAAGGGGGCGGGGCUCAGGAUGACUCUGGGAUGCUGUGGGGUGAUAAGUGCCAGUCUGUGGCCGACCUUGUAUAGUGGAACACAUGAAUCUGUGCUCCCAGGUGUUGACAUUAUGUGGCGGUGUGAGGGUGGCUGCUUGCUGAGUGUCGCUCUCGCGGUGUGUCCACCACCCACCUCGCGGUAAAUGGGCAAGAUAAGAAAGUGUAGCGCGACGACCCAUGUGCCAAGAUAGGGUGAGAAGACUGCUAUAUAUCCCUGAUAUACUUUCCUCUCCCCCAGAGAGAGAGAUACACACACAACACUACCGCCAGCGAUCGAUCAUGUCUGGGGCUACCGUGAACUCUGACUUGGGCCAGAAGCCUCAGUCUGCCUUCAGCGCCGUCGUCAGGAAGAGCUUCUCCUCCUUCUCCGUCGACUCCAUCUUGAGCGGCGGGGAGUCGAGGACCUCGAGACACUCUGAAGAGGGUCAUGAGGACGCCCACAGGGGCGGCGGGCUGGGCUGCCCCAGCACCACGCACUCCACAGAUUUCCUCCUGCGCGACGACCGCACUCAGGACCCCUGCAAGAAGGAUCGCGACGCCGCGGAGCGCACCUCGCCCGCGUCUCCGGCGUGUGACGACGAGGACAGAGACGAGGACAUCCACGUCGACACAGAUACGGAAGACGAGAAGGAACGUGAGCGUCUACAAAGCCAGCCUGUGAUCCGACCCACGGCCUUGGGGCCCCUACAGGACCCACGUCUCUCAGCGCUGGGACACACGGGGCCCCCACCAACCCACACGCUAUUCCCCCCGCACCUACAAGCGGGUCUGUGGCCUUCCCUGCCCCUCCUACACCACCAGCUCUCCCUCAGAGCUCUUGCUAAAACCCCGGAGCCGCCGAGGUUUCACGGGCCGAUGAAGGUAACGUUGAGGAAACACAAGCCCAACAGGAAGCCUCGAACUCCCUUCACCACCCAGCAGCUGCUGGCGCUGGAGAAGAAGUUCCGCGAGAAGCAGUACCUGAGCAUCGCUGAGCGGGCAGAGUUCUCCGCCUCGCUCAACCUGACGGAGACGCAGGUCAAGAUCUGGUUCCAGAACCGCCGCGCCAAGGACAAGCGCCUGAAGGAGUCGGAGAUGGAGCGACUUCGCUUGGCUUCGGAGCCGCUGGUUCCGCCAAACCCGUUCCUUCCGCCCGCCUCCCUCCUUCCGCCCUUCCUGCUCAACAGUCCGUUCAUCCAGGGCGGUCUCCGCCACCCCCUUGGACCGCCCACUGCACCUCCGCCCACUGCUUCCCCGCCUACUUCGCACUAGCAUCCACAGGUCUGUGUCUCCUGGUACCGCUUCUUCUGACACCUUCCCCCGGUACCAGUUUCCCGGUACCACGUCGGUAAGCCAACGCUGCUAGUCACGUCCCGUAAGUCGUGGUAACUGGCAUUCCGGCACAAGUGCCUUGAUGCAGUCCACGACAGGCACGGCCGGACACUCCAAUUCUCCACCCCUCCUCCAUCCAUAACUCCCGCCCGGGUACGGCGAACCCAUUCACGUGUGCUAACCCAUCCCACCCGUGCACUUCCCCAACCCCCAUCCUUCGUAUACUACUGCACCUCAUUCUUACUCCAAGCAGAAAAAAAUACAACAAAAUCCCCUGCAUUACCUGUCCUGGAUGACCUCAAGACAACCGCACUGAAGGUGGAUGAGGGAACUGCACUCAUUGAUUCACUGGAUAUGACUGAAUAAUUGCCCUGUGUGUGUGUGUGUGUGUGUGUGUGUGUGUGUGUGUGUGUGUGUGUGUGUGUGUGUGUGUGUGUGUGUGUGUGUGUGUGUGUGUGUGUGCGUGUUGCAAUUACAAUUGCCCAUUGCAAUGCGAGCUGCGUUUAUAUAUAGGCAUAUGAAUGACUCAAAGUGCGUUGUUUAUGUAUGAUCAUGAUAUCCGAGCUGCCUUGCCCAUUAUGGAAGAUAUUAUGGGUCUAUUGCCCUUCUCCCCCCCCCCUCUCAUGCCCCAAUUUGGUUAUGUUAUGGCUGUUACUGCCCGGUGUGGUGUGAGUUGCGACUGUUAUUGUCCAGUAUGGUGUGUGUUGCGACCGUUAUUGCCCAGUAUGGUGUGUGUUGCGACCGUUGUUGCCCAGUAUGGUGUGUGUUGCGACCGUUGUUGCCCAGUAUGGUGUGUGUUGCGACUGUUAUUGCCCAGUAUGGUGUGUGUUGCGACUGUUAUUGC